AUGGAGGUGUCUCAAACCGUGGAAACAGAGGAGCUGAUGACAUGCCUCCAGAUCCAGCUCUACCACCCCCAGCAGGCUUCCAGGGCUCUGUACCGCAUGUUGCCUUUGGAAACCAGACACAAGCUCCAGGCCGAGGACCCAGUGAGGCUGGGCCGGGAUGCCCAGGCCUGCACCUUCGUGCUGGCCGACCCCCGUGUCUCCCGCAAGCAGCUGUCCUUGCAGGCCUACCGCACCUCCAACAGCCCGGACAUGCUAUUUUCUGUGCAGAACCUCAGCCAGAAGGGACGUGUGACUGUCAAUGGGUUUGAGCUGGGGUUCCUGGAGAGGGCAGAGCUGCCUGGUAAGGCCCUGAUACGGUUCGGGGAAUACGAGAUGCUGAUACGCCGUGAGAAUGGAGAGGCGAAGGGGAGCUUUGAGGUGGAGUUUGGCAUGCUGGCAGUACCCCCUUCCAGAGAGAUGGGCAUGGUCGUGCCAAAUAUGGUGCCCGUCAUGGACACGGGCUCAGACCUUUCAACCAAUGGCAUCCCACCACUCAUGAGCCAAGGGCCAAUGGAGAUGGAUGAGACAAUCAUGUACCAAUCAGGCAGGGCACUUCUUCCAUAAAAUAGUUUUACUACGAUGACAGCCAUAUUGUUUUGAUUAUAUUGUAUUAUUUUCUCUUCAACUAGAAGCAGUUUUCUUGACAAAUGCUGAUGUUAAACAUUCUGAAAGCUUAAAUCAAAAUGUUGACUGUAUGUGGUGCCAAGCUAUCAGUACCUCAAAUGUUUUUAUAUUCUACCUUAUAACCUACUCCUCAAGUAUUAUUCACUGUUACGUUAUUUUAUAAAAUGUGAAACUAAAGCUUGUGAAUAUUACCCUUUUUCAUGAUACCCAAAUAAGAGCAAGUAUCAGAAUUCAAUGAAGGAUGGGGUUAGGAAGGAUACUGUUUUGUAAAUGUUGAUUAUAAUAGUAAAACUGUUUUAUUUGAUUAUCGUGUUACACAUCAUAUUAAAGGCUUUGGCAAGUACAAGUAACUAAAAUUUAACCUGCGAGGAACCAAGGCCCAUUCUGAAAAACUGGCUAUAUCUGUAUAUGUUUUAGUCUAUCUGCAUGUGAGAUGAGAUAUGACCUCAAUAUGCUCACUUUGACCCCAUCUGCCUCACCAUUGUCACCUGUGACACCUCAGAUGGAACACUAGGAGCUGUCCUCUCCUCUCACAGCUGCAGAGUGGCAUUGAGAGGCCCGUCGCCUUCACCUCAAGAGCCCUGAGCCCCACUAAACAACGGUACUCUGUGGGUGAACGAGAAGCACUGGCCUGUGUCUGGGCAUACGAAAUGUGGCACCUCUACUUAUAUGGCCGGCUGUUCACAUUUCGACCCACCCACCAGUCCCUCACUACGCUACUGUCGGCAUACGGAACUGGCCACAAGCCACUUCAGGUUCAACAGAUGGGCCGACUGCCUCAGACAGUAUGACUAUCAGCUGAAGUUCACUCCGGGGAGGGAUAACGUGGUGGCAGACCUCUCACGCUCCUCCGAUCGUCUUGCCAGACGACAACGAAACAGCUCGUACAAAUACUCUACGCUCCCCUUCAGUCAGCCGUCUCACUGGAGGAGCUGAAGCAAGCAUCGUAACAGGAUCCUACACUUUAACAGGAUCAACCUGUAAGACAGCAUGUUUCACUUAUCGCCAAUAUCCAACUUCUUCACACAGCCAUUGAAGAGGAGUGGGACAACAUUCCACAGGCCACAAUCAACAGCCUGAUCAACUCUAUCCGAAUGAGAUGUGUAGAGCAAAUGAUGGUCAAACCAGAUACUGACUGGUUUUCUGAUUCAUGUCCCUACUUAUUAUUUUUUUAUAGGUACAGUAUCCUUGACCAACAGAUGCAUGUCUGUAUUCCCAGUCAUGUGAAAUCAAUAGAUUAUGACCUAAUUAAUUUAUUUCAAUUGACUCUUUUCCUUAUGUGAACUGUAACUCAUUAAAAUCUUU